AUGAAGUGUAUUGCCCUCUUACUUGUUUCCCCCUCCAUUUUCCUUUUGACUACUUUGUUUCUAAUUGUUGCUUCUGAUUCUACAGAGGAAGCACAAGCUCUUCUUAGAUGGAAAGCCAGUUUUCAAAAUCAUACUCAGCCUCUCUUGUCUUCAUGGUCCAUUCUCAAUUCAUCCAAAGUGAGUCAUUGUACUUGGUUCGGUGUCUCUUGCAACACUGCUGGAAGUAUAACUAUGAUUAACCUUACAAGUUGUGGCAUAUUUGGUACACUCUAUAACUUUUCAUUCUCAUCUUUUUCCAAUCUCUCAUCUUUUGAUCUUAGCAUGAAUGCACUCCAUGGUUCCAUCCCUCCUCAACUCAAUCAUCUCUCCAACCUUAUUCACCUACAUUUGUCGUGGAAUCAGUUUUCAGGGCAAAUCCCACCUACACUUGUCCAGCUUACUCAUCUUGAGGCUCUUGCGCUCAAUGAUAAUAAACUAAAUGGCUCAAUUCCUCAAGAAAUAGGUAAUGAGCUAAAGUCCCUCAUUGAGCUUCACCUGCACAAUAACUUUCUAGGUAGAGCCAUUCCAACUUCUUUGGCUAAUAUGAGUAACUUGACUAACUUGAAUCUCUUCAAUAAUUCGCUAUCCGGUUCCAUCCCACCAGGACUUGGUCAGCUCUCCAAGCUUGUCUUCUUUCAAUUGCAAAAAAAUCAGCUAAACGGUUCCAUUCCUCAGGAAAUAGGAAAUAUGUGCUAUGUUUCUCAUCUAGAUCUGAGCAAUAAUCAACUCAGUGGUCAAAUUCCGACAUCAUUUGAUGGUCUAACAAGUAUCACUUAUCUUUACCUAUAUAAUAACAAUCUAUCUGGCAGCAUACCUAGAGAGAUUGGAAAAUUGAUGUCUCUUGUUCACUUGGAGUUGAGUAGUAAUCAACUUAGUGGUUCACUUCCAGCUUUCCUUGGAAAUUUGAGCAGGUUAGAGGUUUUGCAGCUCAAGCAAAAUUUAUUUUCUGGGUCUAUUCCUGAAGAAUUGGGAAAACUAAACACCCUUCUUCAAUUGGAUUUAAGUUUUAAUGAGUUAAAUGGUUCUCUUCCAACUUCAUUGGGGAAUAUAAGCAACUUGGAAACUUUCAAUGUAGGCCAAAAUCAAUUCUCUGGAUCCAUUCCUGUAGAAAUAGGAAAACUGGCGAACUUGGAAAUUUUGAGUUGGUAG